CCCCUCCUCCCUCUCAUCUCAGCACGCACAACUCCAGGCAAACCUUUCCUCCAGUCCUUCUACCCCCGUGUCCCCCUUCCUUCCUCCACCUCACCAGCCCGGUUGGCAGGGAGGUGUCCCCCCUCCUUGCCUGUUAUCGCUUCUCCCGCUCCCCCUUCUCCCUCCCUAUUGCCGGAGAAAGCGAGAGGAAAAAGUGUCAGAGCGGGGAGAGCAUAGCAACAGGAUUCUGGGAUGAAGAAGAUUCGGCAGCAACAUCUUCGGGAGCCGAUGACACCAGAGCUCCUGGUGAGCCCCAGCAGCCAGGAAGGGGACCUGGGUUCUGAGUGCCCAGAAGACAGAGGGAACUGGACGGGGCGGCUGGAUUUCCUCCUCUCCUGCAUUGGAUACUGUGUGGGCCUCGGAAACGUCUGGAGGUUCCCCUACAGGGCUUACACCAAUGGAGGAGGAGCUUUCCUGGUUCCUUACUUCAUCAUGCUGGCCAUCUGCGGGAUCCCCAUCUUCUUCAUGGAGCUGUCACUUGGCCAGUUCUCCAGCCUGGGGCCACUUGCUGUUUGGAAGAUAAGCCCUCUCUUUAAAGGCGUUGGCAUGGGCACGAUCCUCAUCGUUUCCCUGGUGGCCAUUUACUACAAUAUGAUCAUUGCUUAUGUUCUCUUCUACCUCUUUGCAUCCCUCACAAGCGACUUGCCCUGGCAGCACUGCGGCAACUGGUGGAACACCGACCUGUGCCUGGACCACCACGUCAUCAAGGCGGGGAACACCACCCUCCCCGUCAACAUCACCAACACUGUCAGCCCUAGCGAGGAGUACUGGAGCCGAUAUGUCCUGCACAUCCAAGGGAGCUCUGGGAUUGGAGAUCCUGGGAGGAUCCGCUGGAACCUGUGUCUGUGCCUACUCCUUUCUUGGACAAUUGUCUAUCUGUGCAUCCUAAAGGGAGUCAAAUCCUCUGGCAAGGUAAGGGCUGGAUGGUCUCUUUUGCGAGACCUACAGCGAUGCCCACUAGAGCCUGCACUUGUGUGUGCAUCUGGGAGAGUGAGACCCAUGAAGAACAUCAGCAGGACGCAGGCCACUUCAGGGAUGGCUUCACACCCAGAUGCCAGCAGGGCUAACACCAGUGGCCCUGCUGCAUCUCCAGGACCGCAGCUUCGCAGGGUGAUGCCAAGCGAUGCAGUGUCCCGUCCUGGACUAUGGGGGACAGCCAUGCUCUCACCCUCAGCUCUCCCAGCUGUUUCUGCUCUCCUGCAGGUAGUGUACUUCACCGCCACUUUCCCAUACCUCAUCUUGGUGAUGCUGCUUAUUCGUGGUGUGACGCUGGAGGGGGCCUGGAAGGGGAUCCGUUUUUACCUCACACCCCAGUUUGAUCACUUGUUGUCUUCCAAGGUAUGGAUUGAGGCAGCCCUGCAGAUAUUCUACUCCCUUGGGGUAGGCUUCGGGGGCCUCCUCACCUUCGCCUCAUACAACACCUUCCAUCAGAAUAUCUACAGGGACACCUUCAUAGUGACUCUGGGCAAUGCCAUCACCAGCAUCCUGGCAGGGUUUGCCAUCUUCUCCGUUUUGGGAUACAUGUCCCAGGAGCUUGGGGUCCCAGUUAACCAGGUGGCAAAAGCAGGUCCUGGCCUGGCUUUUGUGGUGUACCCCCAGGCCAUGACAAUGCUUCCUCUUUCUCCAUUCUGGUCUUUCCUGUUCUUCUUCAUGCUGUUAACCUUGGGCCUGGACAGCCAGUUUGCCUUUAUGGAGACUAUUGUUACGGCAGUGACAGAUGAAUUUCCCUACUACCUGCGGCCUAAAAAAGCUUCUUUCUCAGCUGUCAUCUGCAUUGCCCUCUUUCUGAUGGGUCUCAUCCUCACAACAGAGGGUGGGAUGUACUGGCUUGUCCUCCUGGAUGACUACAGUGCUGGCUUUGGUCUCAUGGUGGUGGUGAUCACUACGUGCCUCGUGGUGACACGUGUCUAUGGCAUGAAGAGGUUCUGCCGAGAUAUCCACAUGAUGCUGGGCUUCAAACCAGGGCCCUACUUCAGAGCCUGUUGGAUGGUCCUGUCACCAGCAACAAUGAUGGCUCUGCUGGUUUACAACAUUGUCAAGUAUCAGCCUUCUGAGUAUGGCAGCUACCGCUUCCCCACCUGGGCCGAGGUCUUGGGCAUCCUCAUGGGAGUCCUUUCCUGCCUGAUGAUUCCCCUGGGCAUGGUGGUGGCUGUGCUCCAAGAAGAAGGGACGCUGUGGGAGCGAGUCCGGCAGGCCAGCCGACCCACCAUGGACUGGGGCCCAUCGCUGGAGGAAAACAGGACUGGCAUGUACGUGGCGAGCCUGGCUGGCAGCCAGUCCCCCAAGCCGCUGAUGGUCCACAUGCGGAAAUACGGGGGCAUCACCAGCUUUGAGAAUACGGCCAUCGAGGUGGACCGAGAGAUAGAGGAAGAGGAGGAGUCCAUGAUGUGAGGGAACCCAGCACCCUGCAGGCUGGAGACGGGGCUCAGCCCUCAAUUUGGACAGGUUGCACUGCAGCACUUCAGGAUGGCUUGGGGAAGGAGGGCAUUCAGGGAGCAGUCAGAAGCUGCCAGCUCCACUGCCCUCCUCACCACUGCCCCAGCCCCACCAGGAAAGAGCUGCUGCCCAUCCCGGUGCCCCCAGGUUGUUUCUGUUCAGCGCUGGCAAGCUGUGUGACAGUCUGUGUGUUCAUGUGAUAGUGUCUGGUGCAAAUGUCUGAGCUGCCUCACUCCCACCCUCAGCCCCAGCCCUGCCUUCCCCAUGUAGGGAUGCUCAGGCUGCAGGGAUGCUGGGGCUGCAGGAGACAGGCGGGAGGAGAAGGUCCUCUGAGUUGGUUUGUUCUCUGCUUGUGUGUAUUUAACUCCAAUAACCCACAAACACAUGUGAGAAAGGUCUGAGGACAGCAUGUGCUGAUGUGCGUUGCUUACACGGAGGUACUCCAGCAAAACCAGCAAAAAUCAGUGUCCUGCCAAAGAAAACUGACCUCAUAAAUUAGCUGUUAAAAACAAUAGGAAGGGGAAAAAAUGUUUUGUAAACAAACCAGCUUGAGCCUUUCCAAGCCUGUAGGUCCCCCAGGAACCUCAGUGGGUCAGGGGCCCCUGGUGCCUGGUAGCGCUGGGGUGAGUAGAAGGAAGGGAAGGAGCUGAGGCAAGGCAGAGGAAUGGAAAAGACUGGGUGCAGGAGCAUACAUUCCGCAUGUGUACAGAAGGUCAGGGACAGGUCUCAGAUGGAGCUGGUGCCAAAGGAGGAAGCGUGUCUGUCCCUCCAGGGGAACCCAAGGGCUGUUUGCAGCCCUGGGCACUGUUUUUCCCAGGGAAAGUCAAAGGACUGGGUUUCAGGGCCUAUGUGUGAUUUUGGGGUAGCUCGGAACCGGGCUCGUGCCCCAGCAACGUCAACUCCUGCCAACACUGCUGGGUGGUGCUGGGGAGCUCCUGGAUGGGGCUAUUCAGACCUGACACUGCCAAUCCCCAUCACCCUGGUGUUGUGUGUGCCUUCCCCCAUGUCCGUUGC